CUACAAGAUGCCACCAGCAGAUUAUUCGGCGUGCGUGUUGUUGUUGCUUUCCUGCUGCCAUUCAUGAGUCAUCAUUGGGCAAUUGCGCAAAGGCAAGCAAGACAAGCAAGCAAGCAAGCAGGCAACAAGACAGACGAGGACGGCAGCAUGCGCUUGUGGGUUGGUGGCGGUGGACGAGGGGAGGAUGGGUUGGAGGAGGAGGAAGAGGUGCUGGUGUUGGGAUCGGGCCUGCGAUCGCUGCCGUCCACAUCGGAGCUGUCCCAAGAGGAGCCAGAGGCAGGCACUGCACGCUCCAGCGUCGCCACCUGCACGUUCAACCUCAUCAACACAAUCAUUGGAGCCGGUGUGCUGUCGUUGCCGUAUGCGUUUGCGUUAACCGGCUAUGCGGGAGGCAUCAUCCUGUUGCUGCUGAACGUCGUCGGCGCAGACUACUCUCUGCGCGCUCUCUUACACUGCUCAAAGGCGUGUGGCAGACGCACGUACGAAGGCGUGACGGAGUUUGCAUUUGGGCGCGUGGGCCUCGCGAUUGUGUCUGCAUCCUCCAUCCUGCUCAACAUCGGGGCGGCGACGGCGUACAUUGUCAUCAUUGGCGACACGCUGCCGCACCUGAUUGUGGACUUUGGCGGGGAAGACUUCCUGGCACGGUCAUGGGAACGCAUUUGGUGCACGGGCAUGGUGAUGAUGAUUGCCCUCAUCCCACUCAGCCUGCUGCGCAACGUGACAUACCUUGGCUACACCAGCCUCCUCUCGUUUGCUUGCGUGUUUGUGUUUGUGUUUGUCAUGCUGGGCAUUGCAACCGAGGGCCCGCAGCACGAUCCAGAUGCUAUCGAGCACACAAAGCCUGCUGCGUUCGUUGGGUCGACCAACCUCUUCCGGGCAGCAAGUCUGCUUGCCUUCAGCUUCACGUGUCACUCAACCAUGUUCCCCAUCUACCUCGAGCUUGAAAAGCCGACCGUCAAGCGCAUGACCACCGCCAUCCACAGCGCCAUGAUUGUGUGCUUUGGGCUGUAUCUGAUUGUUGGACUGUGCGGCUAUCUCACGUAUCAGGACACUGACGGGGGCGUGAAAGGCGAUGUGCUGGUGAACAUUGGCCUGAACGAGAACCGCGCAAUCACAAACGUCGUUCGCAUCAUGUACCUCAUCAGCAUCAUCAGCACAUAUCCGCUGGCGCUGCCUCCAAUUCGACAGGCCGUGGGAGGCCUGUUGUUCCAGAACGACCACCCAACCUCGUGGCCUAUCCUGCGACACCUGGCGCUAUCCUUUGCCGUUCUGGUCCUCACCUUCCUCUUUGGCAACUACGUGCCUGUGCUGGAGUUUGUGUUUGGCCUCACGGGCGCCACUGGCGGCGUGAUGCUCGUGUACAUUCUGCCCGCUGCCAUCAGCUUGAAAGUGCGCCAGCGCCUGUCCGUCACCACACGCGUCAUUCUCUGGACCAUGCUCAUCGUCGGUAUUGCUCUCGGCGUAUUAUCCACCGCAUACACCAUCGUUGAUCACGUGUCGUAGUCACCGCCAAUCAGACUUGCCUUUGUGAUGUGAUGUGUGCUGCUGUCCCUCCGUCGUGUUCUUUGUUGUGAUGGCCUUGGAUUGUACGCUAUGGUGCUCCUGUAUUACACUCUUGUGUUAUUCUCGCUCCUCUCAUUUGUCUCAUCUCCUCGUUACAUCAGGACAGUGCACAUCUGUGAUUGUGUUGUGUGUGUGUGAUUGUGAUUGUGUUGUGUGUGUGUGUGUGUGUGUGUGUGUGUGUGUGUGAUUGUGCUUGUAUGUGUGUGAUUGUGUACGUCAGCUUUCUUCAUUUGCUUGUUUCAGGAAUGGCGCAUGCAAAUCAUGCUUGGUAAUUGCACUCUUCCUUGUUUUUCAAUUCGACCAACCCGCCUCACGCGUAGUGUGCGUGCCUGCACCCAAAGGAUCAGAUGCAAUAAAUUGAUAGUUUGGGCCCGUGUUCCAUUACAUCAUUCGCAACACACACACACACA